AUAUGGAAAUAUUUAAAUUUCACAUGUCUUAUUAUCUAAGAAUAUUAAUAAAUAAAUAAAAAUAAUAGAAAAAUGUAUAUACAUACUGUUACACAUUUAUUUUCAAACUAAGAACGUUUUGAGAACAUCAUUGAUUUUGUGUGCGAAAACUAAAAUCAUCUAUCUUUUUUUUAAAUCUAUCUUUAAAGUUCAAUGUGUGUGUAAUAAACGUGUAGUAAAAAAAUUUAGUUUGUAUUUUUUUCACUAAAUCAACAAAAAAGCAGCUUUGCGACAGUUUAAUUGAAAAUCUGUUACCCCAGUGUUUCAUAUCAAAACAAAUGACGCAAGAAUGUGCCAGAUGUUGGACAGUUUAAAACAACCUCGUUUCCAGGACUAUCGCACUAUUUCUGGUAAUCUCGGACGACGAGAAAAAAUGUUUCUUCUUGUCAGAAUGAGUUAAAACAACAUUUGAUUCUGAUAACGGAAUUUGUACCUUAAGUCCUUGUAAUUAUUUUUUAUGGGUGAUUUAGGGUGGAGAAACCCUUUUCAAGAUUGAUUUUAUUUCAAAGCAUUUGUUCAGAAUAAACCCAUUACCUAUCUAUAUGCGCAAAGCUUUUUCGCAUCCCUGUCUGCGAUACCGAAAUAUUUCAUACAGAAAUUUAUGCGUACAGUUCCUUGUUUGUAGACACAAGUUUUUUCAAUUAUUUCCUCUCACAAGUUUAUCUAUAGGCUUGUGCUUAUUUUUAUAAAAACUAUUAUUAUUUACCUUUUCUAAUUCAGGCCCAUAACGUUUUGGGCCUGAAUUAUCGAGGCAAAAAAAUAUGUACAUCUAACUAUCUCAUACAUACCAAAUCGCGUGAAUCUUAAGAUUGUUCUUACAUUAUCUUUGAAUGUUGUAUAGUGAUGAAAAAAACAACUCAAUGAACAACAAACUUGUUAAGUAAAAUUUUGCAGCACUUAAUUUUUUGCUUAUAUCAGCAGUUAGAGUUCAUCAGCUGACACAAAUUGCGUUGUCACGUGAUCUGAUUGUGCAAAAAACAAGAUGGCAGCUUCCUGUUGUAAACAAAGAACGUCAGAAACAGUGCAAAAGAAGGCUUCGCUUAAAAUCCACAAAAACAAGAAUGUGUCGCAUUACUAACUUAAUUCAACUUCCCUGAUUUGAAGAAGUAUAUUGCGAGUUUAGAUGCUAGCAAGUUUAGCUAGUUACCCCCUGUUUCUCCGCUGAGUCGUCGUUCUUGUGUGUUCUUGUAAAAACAAAUUGAUCCUUCUUUGGUUACGAGUUCCAAAGCUUUCCUCCUGAAAAAAAAACAAGUUGGCUUCAUAUGAAUGCGAUUGAAAAGUUGUCUGUAAAUCUUGAUGCUACUUAAUGCAUACAUUAUGUAUUAGAAAAAAUGAGGUGCUGUUUUAAGAGCAUAAAUAUGUUUUCACCUAUCCAGUUUGAUAUGUUGAACAUAUUCAUAUAUAAACAUUAAUACUUAGUUACCCUGAUUGUCAGUAAUAUCAACAAUUGUCUCUGAGCAUCUAAUUAUUGAUGUCAUAAUUCCGCAUAAAAGCCUUCCAAGAAUUAUAUUUUGGAAACUAACAAAGAUAUUUUUAAAAGAAUAAAAAAAUCAUAGACAACUUUUCAACCUUUUUCAUAUGAAAUCAACUUGUUUUUUUGCGGUAGGUAUUGAUAAAGUUUAACUAAACGAUUAUGUUCAACAACUAUCAUUUCUGUGGCCAAAAAUGCCCUAAUUUUUAAAUUUAAAAAGCAAAACAAAAAAUUUGCAGAAAUAUUAUAAAUGAUAUAACAAAAUGUGAAGAAAAUAGAAUUAUUGCUCACAUAAAUACAUGAGUAAAAUUUUUUUAAUAAUUUCUCUCCAAUUUUUUUUAUAAAAGAGGUGAUGAAAGCAUUCUGGCAAAAACAAUUGAUUGUAAAGGAAGGUUGUCCUUAAGAAUCAUCUAAGGUUCAAAUUAAAACAAAGAAAAUAAAAAUAUAUAUAAAAAAUAUAAACAUAACCAAGUUCAGCUUAGUUUCUGUCGACUUUGAAAUAAAUUGAAAUACGGAAGGUAUGUGUUUUUACGCUGUUCGAUACGUUUCCAAGUUCUUUAAAAAACUUACUCGGUAAACAUUGAAAGAAAUCUUUGAGGAUAAUAUAUCGUCAGGUUAUUUGGUUUCUAGACUGGAUGAGCUUAUUAGGGCAGAAUUAGGAUAGCAUAUAUGGCGCUGUAAUUGUUUCCACUAUGUACGCGUAUUUUGGUAAAAGUUGAGUAUCUUCAGCUGGUGUUUUCAAUUGCAAAUGUUCUUUUUUUCUAUAUAAGCUACCUUACUUUAAUGAUAGAACAAAUUGCAGUACACUGACAAACUUUGGUUAAUUGAUUAAGAAUAGAGGUAUAAUUUUUGAAACAAGUCAGCUAGCUAAUACUUGGAUAGGCAUUCCACAUUUUUAAUUCUGGUUAUUAGCUAUACAAAAUAUAUUCCUGAAUAUUUUCCUAGCAUCAAUUUUCAGUUUUCUGAUGAACUUUGUGAAAGUUUUUCCUUCAAAUGAGGAAUCUCUUAAUGUAAAAUUACAACUGCAUUUGACACAUCGUCUUAUUCUCGUUCCUAAUGGUUGACUUCAUUAAAAAUGCAUUUUUCCAUAAAUCAUGCCAAUAAUUUUCAGAACUGCCAGGUUUUUAAAAAAUCUAAAUGCAAUAACAACUGCUGAUGAAAUAGAAUUGACUAACAACCAGGAAUAACAAUACCCUCUUUCUGAAUCUUUCUGUAAGUUGAUAAAUAUUCCUUUCCGGUGUUUUUUAGCGCAUGACGUUGUAGUAAUGAAACUUGGUGACACAAAGCUAUGCUACCUUUCGACCAAAGGCCUGUAACAAGAGCCUGGAAGCGAAAAGAGCUAGAAAAACAUACAGAAUCAAAGAAACAAAGAAAACAGAUAGAGGAAGUGACUAUCAAGACAAUCAACAGUAUGGCGGAACCAGAUUUAUUUGAAAAAUUUAAAAUGUGGCGAACUCCAGAAGUUCGAAUUUUGUAUUUCGAUAAAAUAGAAAUUAAGAAAAGUAGGAGAAAGAGGGCUCCAUUAAACUUACUUUUAAUGUCGUAUUCGGACGAAAAUAUCGCAAAAAAUGGAAAAAAAUGCCGCAAAAAUAAAGGAAAAGACAUUGUUACUAACGGGAAUAACGGGAAGAGAAAGCGGAAAGGAGAGACUAGCAAGUUUAUCCCAGGCCGCAGGAAAAAACAUUCUAAUAAAAAUAUUACAGAUCCGCCGUUAUGUCAGCCGCCGGUUGAUAAACGAGUCGAUCAUAAACAUGAAAUUCAGAGUGACACAAAGAACAGUGAAAUAAUAACUCCGCAAGACACUAAAACGUACACUAAUGGUCAUUCGAAUGGCUUCGAACAUUCCAAAGAGGAAUCAAUCAACUUGACCGUGAAAAAAAACAGACACUCGAAAGAGAAUGAUGAACUACUGAAUAAAAAUUCGCAGACAACUGAUUUUAAUACAGUUGAUUCGAAAUGUUUACUUCCCAACCCACGGCAGUUGCUAGUAUUAAGGCAACAAAUUAUAGACUUAGAAGCGAGGUUACUUGUAUUCCGUAACAGCGAAGAAUCGAUUCGGAAAAAUACCGUAAAGAUAAAUCGAGAGGAAACAAGAUUGGAAUAUCUUAAAGAUGAAGUGAAGUUUGAAGAAAAUAAAAUCAAGCUUCGUGGCUUAGUGAUGGAACAAAAUCGGUUAAAUUAUUACAUCGAGAAAACUAAACGCUACAACAAAAUGGCAGUCGUCAGCAAAAACGAUUCCAACUAUUUAUUGAAAAAAAUCCAUAUGACACUCAACGAUAGAGUGGCUGGUAAUCUCGACUCUUUUCUUGAAUCAGUUGUGCAACAAAUCCGGAUUUUGAAACAAGCAAACAGCUAAAGCGUAACAAAAAAUGAGCAUACAAAAUAUGUAACAAAAAAAUAACAGAUAGCUGCUUCGGUAGAAAUUGAAAUAAAAUUUUUAAAGAUGUAUACAAAUUUCAUAAUACUUGUACAAAUAAUUUAGCGAAAUAAAGUAGAACAGGAAAGGUAUCCUUAGGGCCUUUUAAAAAAAUAGUUUAACA